UUCCCCUCGUACAGGCGCGCUAUCGCAGUUACGUGACUGUCGACGUAGCUGUAAAGAGAACUCGGGGAGAUGAGUAAUCGCGGUGCAACCGGGUUGUAUAGCGACGCAUUCGGUGGGUGUUGCCGUUCAAUGCAAUACGAAACCCGGAUUCCAUGGUGAAUGUGAAACAUGGCAGCGGUGGAAACCGUCAAGUACUUCACAGGUUUCAGCACGGAUAUCAACUGGCGCUCAACGAAGCUCGUCAGCAGCUUGCAGCGCAUUCGCUCGUGCAGUCUGUGCGGUGUCGUUCCGAAUGAAACUCAAGUGUUGCCAUGUUCUCACGGUUUUUGUGCGCCUUGCUACCAGAAGAUCCGCCAAAGGAAUCUGUGCUGCCCAAUAGAAGGGCUUACGUUCACCGAAAGUCAGGUAAAUCUUAUGGAAUUCCCGGAAGAGCAUCUACUCACUCGUCAGGUUCAUUGUUGGAAUGUGGAACACGGCUGCCAGUUCGUCGGUUCGUUACUAGAGGUCCACGCUCAUUUUCAUCGGGAGUGCUCCUUUCAUCACGUGAUAUGCACAAGGUGUAAUUGCUACGUCUUGAAGCGUAACAUUCUCGACCAUUACGAGCGAGGUUGUAGGGAAGAGAAUGACGGAGUGAAUGUAAUGGUUAACGAUAUCUUACGAAGCAGCAAAGCCACGGAAGCCAUUUUGACGCGGCUGGAACACAUCCAAGCCUCUCUUCAAGAUAGCGUCAACAAGCUUUCUGGGGAAGCGCUGACUGGAAUACGUGACGUGAAAUCGUCCGUUGCUAUACAAACCCGGAAGCUGACCGAGAUCAAAGAGAAACAGGCCCAGCUCCAUCAGUCGUGUUCGGUCAGUUUAAAAAACUUGGACGCCUCCGUACACAGCAUGCCAGCGAUAUUCCGCCAUCGUGAUUGGGUCAAGAAGCUGGCGUCUGCGAUCUUCAAUAUCUCUAGUUCCAAAAUCUGUUGGGUUGUUACCGAUAUUGAGAAGCAUAGGAGCGAUGCACGACAGAGUCCCGUUCAAGUGAUCAGCGAUAAGUUCCUCUUGGCAAACUACACGGCCCGGCUCUGCCUCAAGUUCGUUCGAAACGAAGGCGACGUUGACACGAACCUCUUCUUCCAUAUCUGUCGGGGUCCGGAUGAUGAUAGUUUGGAGUGGCCCUUUAUUCUGCCUUUGCAAAUCUCAUUGAUUCAUCCGAAGGACCGUCAGAAAACGAAAGCGAGAGGGAUCGAUCCUUGUACGAGCUCUUACCCUGAAUGUUAUUAUAGGCCCGUUGAGGAAAACAAUGAGGGCACAGGUGGCAUCAUUUGUAUAGGUGGUGAUUUCGAUGAGUUUAUCAUCAGCAACUCCGUCCUGUUAUCCGCUGAACUACGCGCAGGUGGCAUGCUCUGAUGUAGCUUCACUUCGCCUCAAGCUGUGUCGGAUGGAUGCAACUCUGCAUUACAAUUAAGUUUUACUUCAAAUAGGGUGAUUGGUCCGGCUCACGUGCUUUCGAGGACCAGUGGGGAGCUUCCAACAACAACGACAACUUUAUUGUGAGAUGGUGAAUGGGGAGUUUCAUCGCCAGGGGCGAUAUACUCUACCCAAUUGCUUGGGUGUUCCAUCUCGCCCACGAUAUGUUGAGUCCUAAGGUGACCGACAUGUCGAAUGCCGAAACGCGUUCCGAUCGAGUCAUUGGCCAUGAAAGCAUUCUUGGAAAAAGACCCUGGAUUUUGUGUGUGUGUGUGUGUCAGUGUGUUAUCUCCCACCUGCUUCCAAUGGAGUAUACUAGAGUAAUUAAACUUGCGUAAACUCGGA